AUGGCCGCCGAAACGGAGGAGCGUUUCAAAGUGUGGACGGGCAACAACGAGACGAUAAUCUACUCGCCGUUCGAGUACGACUCGACGUGGCUCAUCGAGUCGUGGUGGGACGAUUUGACGAUGCACACGUUCUUCAAACAGCACUGGUUCAAGUCGGUCUACCUGGCCGCCGCCUAUAUUAUCGCCACGAAUCUAUUGCAAAAGUAUAUGGAGUCGAGGAAGCCGAAAAGGUAAAAAAAAACAGCCAAAUUUUGAGCAGAAAAUUUUUUCUUUUAGUAUGCGACCACUGUUGCUCGUUUGGAACGGCAUUCUGGCGGUUUUUAGCAUUCUGGGCACGUGGCGAUUCGGAAUCGAGUUCUACGAUGCGGUCGUCAGACGGUUAGCAUUUUUGGGGGGAUUUCCGAUCCGAUUCCCCAAACUUUCAGCGGCUUCAUCGACUCGAUCUGUCUGGCGGUCAACCCGCGCUCGCCGUCGGCAUUCUGGGCGUGCAUGUUCGCUCUAUCGAAGAUCGCCGAAUUCGGCGACACCAUGUUCCUGGUGCUCCGCAAACGGCCCGUCAUCUUUCUGCAUUGGUACCAUCACGCAGUCGUGCUCGUCCUUUCGUGGCACGCCGGUCAGUUCAGAUCAAUGUUGCGUCUUUAGGAGGGAGGGGAAACUGGUCUUCGCUGAGAUUCUAUUCAAAUCCACGAAUGAAAGAGCGAAUGAAAUGGGACGGAUUGGAUCAUCGGGCGGGAUUAGAGGUGGAAAACGACGAGACAAUGCCGUCGCCGACGUUAAAGGGCUUUGAGUGCAGGGCAUAAGUGUUCGUGAGACGGGAGAGGGGUAUUGGGAUCAAAGUAGAGACUGGAGAAGCUUCUGGACGGCGUCUUGUACUUGCAAAAGGGUUUGACGGGCACCGGGGUUCGAACCCGCGACCUUUGGGAUCAUAGGCAAAAGCGUAACCCACAGAGACAUGCAAUAGACUGAAUGCGACCUUUGAUAUGGCGGUGAUAAACGUGCUGACCCACUCCAGACCCGAUAAAUGCGCUUUUUUAUAGAUUAUCUCCGGCUGAACUCAUAGAAUUUCGUGCAGACAAACCGAAAUUUUCAAAAGCGCACAAUAGUCGUCACCUAAUACUUCUGUGUUCCGGGGCGCCCACAUCGAGAACUGGUAUUUUGCUUCCGAAGCUUCGCGUCACGGCAAAACAAACAUGGGCUCAAACAGUCUGCUCAAACAUAAAUAUAAAUGAGCCGAAGGUGGGGGGUGUCUCCGGAAACUAGGGUAUGUUGUAGUCUGGAACGUCUGGCGGGUAUAUCACGAAAAUCAAACAUCCUCUGUUUUAGCGUCUUUCUGUGUAGUCUGACCGCUUCGGCUUCGACGCUAUUAUCCAGUUCUCUGAUAUUGUCCAUCCAUCGAUCCACUUCAACCCACGCACACCCAACAAAUUGUCCCCCCCCCCCACUAAUUGGUUUGUACAUUGGAUACAUUCGAGUGAGUGGCACAUGUCAUUCGGGCUCGCGGAGCCAUGGAAACGCACAAAGCACGAAAACAUGACGCGCCGCAUGAAUGUACGGAGGCUAUAGUCGGGCGGAGGGGACCAAAAGCGGCGGACGAGCUUAAAGGGACCAAAAUGUUUCGCAAAGAUUGCUUCGCAAGAGUCUCUUCAACUUUUUUGCAACUUACAGCCAUCGAACUGACCGCGCCUGGCCGCUGGUUCAUCUUCAUGAACUACCUGGUGCACUCGAUCAUGUACACGUACUACGCGAUCACUUCUGUCGGCUACCGACUGCCCAAACUCGUCUCCAUGACCGUAACCUUUCUGCAAACCCUUCAAAUGCUCAUCGGCGUCUCCAUCUCCGUCAUCGUGCUCUAUUUGAAGCUGAACGGAGAGGUGAGUGAGGGACGAGACCACUCGAAAUGUAUAUUGUAGAUGUGCCAACAGUCGUACGACAAUCUUGCCCUCAGCUUCGGUAUCUAUGCCUCAUUCCUCGUCCUUUUUUCGAGCUUCUUCAACAACGCGUAUCUCGUGAAAAAAAGUCCCGCUCAAAAAGGAGAUGAAAUCCGAGUAAUUUUCCUUGUUGUUGUUGAUACUUUUUACAAUAUAAUCAAUCAUAAUUAUUAUUAUUAAUAUUAAUAUGCACAUGAUGAGUACGAGUCGAUAUCUUCUUUUUCUAUUCGAAAAGAACACUGUUAAUAAACUGUUAUCUCUUCCGUUUAUCUAUCUCAUCAAUAUUAUACCUUAUCAGUGUGUUUGUGUGUGUGUCGAGCCCAUGCAGCACACCGCCCAUCAAUCGAUAACUUCCGCCGAGUCCCCUUAUCACCUCACCAUCACAUCACUUCAUUUUCAUGACAGAAUCGAGUGCACAAGCAGCGGUGCAAAUUUCCGAUUUGACGCCCAUCUCAUCGGAGGAUCUCGAGCUGAAAUGGGACACUUUGGAGCACGACAAGUUGGGCGGCGGCGGCUAUGCCAACAUUUUUCACUUGUUCUACCGGGGACACGUGAGUUGUGAAUAUUGUCGAGUUGCGGAAAGGAUGCGUUUGUUUUUUUUUAUAGGAUGCGGUGCUGAAACAACCGAGAGAAAAGUGUACGGAGGCGGAGAAAGGUAGGCGCAGCAAGGGUAAAAACAAUAAAAAAUUCCUUGGCGCAAAUCAGGUGCGCUAAACAAGGCGCGUAACGCGUAAUUCCGGAGCGUCGUUGUAGAGUUUCUCAUUUCAAUUUUUCCUUUUUUUUGCAUUAUCCACAUCUUUUCAGAACCAAUCAGUGUCAAAACGUAUGAUAAUGAUUAGAAAUGAAUAAAAAAUGAAAUGUUAACUGCUUCGUCAUCGAUUUCGAAACGUUUUAUGUGAAAAUUACAGCAUUUUUUCCUUUUGGAAUCGAAAAUUUGCCUCAAUUAUCUCAAUUCUGUAUAUUUUUCGACGGUUGAGCGCUUAAACGAUGCGCAAUAAACUGCUUGUUGAGUGUCCGAACGCGAUUCGUCAAAUAAUCGUUAAAACUCCGUUUUUUUCAGUAGUUUUCGACAAAAUCCCUUAAUUUGGUCAAUUCUGAACGAAUCUGCUCCGUUUCGCGCUUAAAUCGAUGCUUUUAACUCAGACAAUCGCCCCAGGGUUCGCAAAGAACAAAAUUUGAGUGUUUAUUAAGAGAAAAACAAAAGAAUUCUGGUUUUUAAUUGAAAAAAGAAACGCCGAGUCGACAGUUGGUGCAAGCGCGCCCCAUUGACAACUCGCUUGCUCACUACUCACUUUUUCAGCGAAAAUGUUGCGAGAGGCGCUCAUCGUUGCCUCGUUGAACACGUGUCAAAACGUGGUUCGUCUGUACGGAAUCUGCGACGAGCAGCCUUUUUGGGGCCUGAUAAUGGAGUACUGUGCGGGCCCGAAUCUGUCGGAACUCGUCUACCAACUCGAGGAGCGACGCGUCACGAUGGACACGUUGCGGGUGUUUAAAUGGUGUUACGACCUGGCCAGGACCCUGUGCCACGUCAAUGUCACCUAUUUCCACGGCGAUUUUACGCCACGAAACGUGCUUGUGAAGGAGCGGCCGUGCUGUUGUAGAGAUGGACAAUAUCGCGAUGCCGUGUACCGGGAAAAGGUGUGUGCACUCGUUUUGUGGCCAUACAAUCGGUUAGAAUACUCUUUCAAACAUUUUAAGACCUACCGCCAAUGCGCAAACUGUUAUGGAGUGCAUUUGGAGCACCUAACCCUAAAGAUUACCGAUUUUGGAAUGGCGGCGAGACAUGGAACACCUCGCGAAAAGUACAAUAUCUGUCCAUUUCCACUCAAGUCUACAAUAUCCGUUUCCAGCUCGGGUACCCUCGAAUUCUGCGCUCCGGAGCUCGUCUGCCACGACGGCGUCUGCAAUUACACUGAAAAAUCCGAGAUCUACUCGUUCGGACGGCUCAUGUGCGCCCUCGUCAUCGGAAAACGGUUGGACGAUUGUGAGGAGGAGUUGAACACGUUUUUUGUCAGUUUUCCCGGUCUCCCAGGGGGCGCCAAUGCUAAAACAGUGCGCUCGUAAAUUGCGGAGUGUCGUUGUAGCUUUUGAAAAUUUGCAGGCCUAAAAAUGGAGUUCAAUUCGAGUUUACCACCUUUAUUUCUAUCUUUUUGACUUGAAAAACGUCUAGAAAACAAUAUUUUACUGGCUGGAAACCGUUCUUUACAGAAUUUGUUUUUUCGCAUUUCGUCAAAACUUCAAACCUUUAUAUUUCAGCUCAUUUUGCAUUUUAUGAGCGCAACAAACGAUAAAAAUGUUCGCUGAAUUUUUCUUUACAAAAUUCAAAUUUCGGCGGUUAGUUUUCUUGAGCAGGUUUCGAAAACUAUUCGAAAAACAUCAAAAUCCAGGCCAAAACGUUCAAAUCGAAAUAAUUCGGCUAAUUCUCAACGAUAUGCGAGAUUUCUGUUAUGGGGCUAUUCAGCGUACGUUUGUUUUCCGUUUUUUUCGUUUUUUUACACUGCUCAACUGCGUUUUUUGACGUAAAAAAACAAAAAAAAACGGAAAAAAAUCAUUUUUUUCACAGCCUGAAUAAGCCCAUUACCAAAACGUAGCUAGUGCUCGAAUUAUUCAAAUCCAGGUUCCAGGCGUACAAAAAAAAUAGGUGUAUUGUACAGAAAACAUGGAGAGAAUUUUAAUCGGCCGCCGCCGCGUAAAUCGACACAGCCCGCGUGGUGCAAGUGCGCCCCAUUGAAAUCAUUCGCGCCGUGGCAGACCGUCGUUUUCGCAAUGAUGUUUUGUUUCGCUCAAACGAUAUUGUUUUGUUCAGAAAAAGCGAAACGAUCCCAAGUUUGACUUGAAUCUCUGUAAAACGAACACGAUUUGCGAUACUAUCACCGAGUGUACGGUACGUUUCUUGACGAACGUUUGCGGGAAAAAAAAUCGUCUGUUCCAGCACAUCGACCCCGAUCUCCGUCCAUCCUUCAAACAACUUUUGGAGAAACUCGACGGACGCUAUGAAAUUUACGCGAGACUGAAAGGCGUGGAUAGCCGAAUUGAAGCCAAUCGGGAACGUGACGAGUUUCUGGACCACUAUGCGAAUCCGAGGUGAGCAAGUGCGCUCUACGGAACUACUCCACCAAGUUUUUGCUCGCAGAAAGAUCACAAUGGCUCACCGAUCGUGCACAACUUCAACGCUGUUGUCGGAUAGCGAGAACGACGACGUUCGCAGCGGUCAAAAGUAUUUUGGCGGUCCGAUGGUCAAUGAGAAUUUUGUGUAAGAGAGUGGCACCCGAAUAUCUCUGCUGCCGGUGGAGAUAUCAAAAAGUUGUCAACUGAUAAAUUGCUCAAAAACACUUUGUGCACAUUUUUCCAGUUGACCACUUUUUGGCAUCUCUACGCAGCGCUGAGAUACGCACAAUACAAGUGUCUAUAGGCCCAGCCCGACGUGUUCACCGCCCGUUUCCCGCAAAAACAGCCAGGACGUCGAGGUGUACCAUCAGCGAUACAUCGAAAAUCAGAUUUAUAACGAGUGGGUACUGAUUUCGGUCACCCUCUCACGUAUCAUUCAAUGUUUCAGACUGCUCACAAAACGUCGACGUCUUCACAAACCGCAUCAGUUUUGGCGCGGUUUGAAGAAUGCGAUAAGUUCGAGAUUGAUCAAGUUUUCAUUGAAUAAACACAUUUGA